UACAAAGUACAGAUUACACAACAGAGCUAAGAAACAGAAUGGAUAAAGUGCAUGAAUUUGCACGGAGCAAAAUUUCAUUAGCAACAGAGAAAAUGAAAUAUGAACAUGACCAAAACAUACAACACAAUCAAUUCAAAAGAGGAGAUCCAAUUUGGUUAUACAAUCCUAAUAAGCGUGGCAUUGGUUCCAAAUUAAGGUGUUCUUGGGAAGGUCCUUUUGUAGUUCUUGAGAAGAUAAAUGAUGUUGUAUACCGAAUACAGAAAUCUUUAAAAUCGAAACCAAAGGUAGUUCACCAUAAUUACUUAAAAACCUAUGAAGGUAAUGAACGUCCUAACUGGUUAAGAAUUUAAAAGUCCUCUAAUUUGUAGUAUCAUAGCAGUACAUUAAUGUUUGUACAUAAUACUUACAAAUACCCUAUUUGUUCUGUUGCAGAUCGAGAUCUACAAUAUGGCUUUAAGUUUGAGAUUUCAAUGCACCUUGUGUGAGACUGACUUUGUGAAAAGAUCAUUCUGCGAGAGGCACCUGGUGGCUGUUCACAGCGGGUUUUUGUUCCAAUGUAGGAAGUGUAAGAUGACAUUUUCAAGAAAAGAUGCCAAGCACCCAAAUUGUGAGGGGAUAACUUGUUUGGUUAAGCGAAGUUCUAUGACCUAUACCUUCGAGGAGAAGCAGGAAUUCGAGGAAUUCAUGAGGACAAGGGGAAAUAAAAUAAAAGAAAUCAGAAAGGAAGGACAGAAGAAUAAGCAGACAGAAGAGGAGAAGGGAAAGGAUAAUAAGGAAAAAGAGAAGGAGUGUAAAGGGAAGGAAAACAAAGGGAAGAAUGAAGAAAGGAAAAAGGAAGAUACAGCAGGGAAGAUGGAGGACACCACUGUGAGGAAAUUGACCAAACCACUAAAACCAUAUAACAGAAAGAGGAAAGUGGAAGACAACAAGGGAGAGCAGGCGGGUGUAGUAGUUAAGAAACCUAUGAUGGAGAGAGUGAUUAAAGACUUGGAACUGUCCAGUGUAAGUUCGGAAUCAUCUGAUUUGAGCAAGAAGGUGAACUCAGUAAAGGCCCCAGCAGAAUAUUGUAUAAGUGUAUAUUCAGAGUAUAUGGUGGAGAGCGUAGAGAAUGAUGUUACAUACAAACCUACUCUUAAGAUUACAGAAACAGAAACAACGAAACCUACCAUAGCAGAAAAGGAGGGAAAGAAAAACAAGAUGGCACAAAAGGAGGUAGUGAAACCUAAGAUGGUACAAAAGCAAGAAAUGCAAGCUAAGAUGGUGGAAAAGGAAGGGAAGUUAACAGAAGUAAGCAAAUCUAAGCCAGUCAUGGACCCCUCAAAAGUAAAGGUGGACGCGUUGGCAGAAAGGCAGAGGAAGAGAAUCAUUAUCAAUGUUGGAGGAUCCAAGUUCGAAACCUCUUCAGUAACUUUAUCACAGGAUCCCUCCUCAUUGUUAGCCAGGAUGGUGAAUAGGGAUUCGGGCAUGAGGCCAUACGACGUGCGCUACGUAUACACAUACUUUGUUGAUAGGGACAGCAAACAUUUCAGCAAAAUACUCAAUUAUCUACGUUGUGGAUCCGGAGCACACAGCUCGUUUCAGAAAGUUUUACCAAGUGACCACGUUGAGUUGAAUGAACUGUUGAUGGAGGCCGCAUACUAUGAGUUGGAUGGGUUGGAGCAGCUAAUUUUGGCGCGUUUGUAACGUUUGUACAUUGAAAUGUAUGUGACAAUGUUAGCGGGUUAUUAUAAAACAAACAUUUUUUCUACUAGCAUAUAAUACACUUAAUUCAUAUAUAUAUAUAUUAAUGAAAAUGGAAUGGUAUAUGUGAUUGCCAGAGACUG